AUGUCUACAAUCGAACAAAAAUCCCAGAACUCUCGGUCUGGAGGCAUCCCUGCUAUUACUGGUACCAUAGACUACUCUAGAGCUAUCCAUUUGUUUCCACCUCAACUCCAGCCAUGGCGAUCAACUAUUCUCGCAUACGGAGCUUCGUUCGUUUCGACAACAGUCGGAUUUCCGUUGGACACUGUCAAGACAAGAAUGCAGACCCACAAGCAAUUCAACAGCUAUUUUGAUUGUAUAGUGAAAACCUACGCAAAAGAGGGGAUUCGGGGCUUUUUUCGUGGAAUUUGGGCACCAUUAAUUUCCACAUCUUUUUCCAAAUCCAUAAGUGUUCUGUUGUUCACCGCUUCAAAGCCAGUGUGCUACUCGAUGCUCUUCUCAUCAUCGGACUCAACGACUCAUCCGUUCAUUCAGAACAUUCCAGUAUGUUUUCUAUCGGGAAUGAUUGCAGGAAGCGGAGUUUCCAUUUUUGCAUGUCCUUUUGAAUUCACCAAAAUAUAUGCCCAGAUCGUCAAGCUCGUCCAAAAGAGCUCUGUGGCUGACAUUCCUAUUACUCCAGGAAAAGUAAGCUCUUCAUUGACCACAACGCAAACAAUUCGCCAGAUCGUCAAGCACGAAGGUGUGCGAGGUCUCUACUCUGGCUUCAAAUACCAUUUUCUCAGAGACUCAUUGUCUUCAGGAAUCUACUUUUCGAUAUAUGAAACAUUGAAAUGGGCCAGCAAUAGUGUUCUCAAUCCUGGUUCUCAGGAAACUUCUCAGUUCUCCAUCUUGUUAGCUGGUGGUGCAUCGGGAAUGCUUUGUUGGGCCCUCAUCUUCCCACUCGAUACUACCAAGUCUCUUGUGCAAAAGGAUGCUGUUACCAAUAUCCUUCGUAAAGAUCAUGGCUUGGAACCACUACCACCAAAGAACAGAAAACUUCAAAAGAUUACUACCAAGCUUUAUCGUGGUCUUGGAAUUUCCAUGAGUCGUUCAUUCAUUGUCAAUAUGAUAUUCUUUAGUACCUAUGAGUACUUAAUGGCGCAUGUGGCAUAG